GCGGGAGCUGGAACUGGAGGACUCGGAGGCCCCUCCUCCGUCCGGGAUGGAGCCCCGCUCGGGGACGCGUCUCCUCCCGAUCCCGGGGACCGACUCUGCCGGGACGGCCUGAAGCGCGGCGGCCCUGGGGAGGGUUGGAUGGGCAGGGCGGGGCCGAGCCUCUGGCUGACCUUGGCAGCGCGCAUCUGGCACGGCCAACGCCACGCGCAGAUGUUUUCAAGUCAGCAAACAUUCACUGAGCAUCUACUAUGUACAAGAUGAACAUCUGCAACAAGCCCUCCAACAAGACAGCUCCUGAGAAGAGUGUGUGGACGGCGCCUGUACAUGCCAGCAGACCUUCCCCGGAGCUGCAGGGCCAGAGGUCCCGCCGGAAUGGGUGGAGCUGGCCCCCUCACCCACUCCAGAUUGUGGCCUGGCUGUUGUACCUCUUCUUUGCAGUGAUUGGCUUUGGGGUCCUAGUUCCUCUCCUGCCUCACCACUGGGUGCCUGCUGGCUAUGCUUGCAUGGGUACCAUAUUUGCUGGCCACCUUGUGGUGCACCUGACUGCCGUCUCCAUCGAUCCAGCAGACGCUAAUGUUCGGGACAAGAGCUAUUCCGGGCCCCUGCCUAUCUUCAACCGCAGCCAACACGCACAUGUCAUUGAAGACCUGCACUGCAACCUGUGCGACGUGGAUGUGAGUGCACGCUCCAAGCAUUGCAGCGCCUGCAACAAGUGCGUGUGCGGCUUUGACCAUCACUGCAAGUGGCUUAACAACUGCGUGGGCGAGAGGAACUAUCGGCUCUUUCUACACAGUGUGGCAUCUGCUUUAUUGGGUGUCCUGCUCCUGGUAUUGGUGGCCACUUAUGUCUUCGUGGAGUUCUUUGUCAACCCCAUGCGGCUUCGCACCAACCAACACUUUGAAGUCCUGAAGAAUCACACAGAUGUGUGGUUUGUGUUCUUGCCUGCUGCCCCUGUGGAGACCCAGGCUCCUGCCAUCCUGGCCCUGGCUGCCCUACUCAUCCUUCUGGGCCUGCUCUCUACAGCCUUGCUUGGCCACCUGCUCUGCUUCCACAUUUAUCUAAUGUGGCACAAGCUUACCACCUAUGAGUACAUCGUACAGCACCGCCCAGCUCAGGAAGCAAAGGAGACCCACAAGGAACUUGAGUCAUGUCCCCGCAAGAUGAGGCCCAUUCAGGAGAUGGAGUUCUACAUGAGGACCUUCAGUCAUGUGCGCCCAGAGCCCUCUGGUCAGGUCAGACCAGCAGCAGUAAAUGCCAACCCUUCCCAGUUUCUUGCCACCCAAGGCCAAGUGGAACCGCCGGGGCCCUCCUCCUCAGACACACUGACUCUGCCUCCGCGGAUCCAACCUCAGAAAAAGAGGAAGCAGCACAUGUAUAGGUUGCCAAGGUCUGAGGUCUUGGACCGGGAGUCCCCGCUGCCCAGGCUACGGGGGACCCGGACUCCUGGCCACUACUCCAGCUCAUCAUUCGAUUCCACCAGCUCCGGCCUGGUGCAUGCCGCUGGCCCUGUAGGCGCCUACGACUCGGCGUCCAUGGAAGAGAUUCCAGUGGCGCAAACGCGCCUGGGCAGUGCGGCCCUGGGCACCCCCGGCAGCCAGGGCGGAGAGUCUGGCCUGGAGCCACACGGGCAUGCGCUUGCGGUCUUCGUGAGCCCAAGCAGUGGCGAGCCGGGGACGCCCCGUGAGGGCGACCUGCCUUAGCUGACACUAGUGGCAGGAGGGCCGAGAGGAAGCAGCCGGCCCAACUCUAUGCAACGCCCCAUCCUCACAGCACCGAGUGCACUUUAGGGGCCUCUUGGCUGGUGGGAUCGGCCUCCCUUACCCACAACUCAGCAAUAUCUGCCCCACCGGCCCUGAUACUCCAAUAAACUUUUUUUAUGCUUUUGCGGA